AUGGCCUCGUCGGUCCAGUCGGCCCCGUCGGCCCCACUACGGCCCCGCUUAGGCCCCGCUGCGGCCCCGCUACGGCCCCACUUCGGCCCCGUCGGCCCCUCUACGGCCCCACUUUGGCCCCACUUUGGCCCCGUCGCCACCGCGGCCCCGCCCACCCUUGCGGCUCGCCGCCACCUGCGACCUCGCCACCACCUGCGACCCCGCCUCCAAGCGCCCGCAACGCCGAGCAGCCAAACCGCCGGCCACCUGAGCCGCCCGACCUCCCGACCGCCCAGGAGCCGAGCCGGCCGACAGCCGAGCCGCCCAGCACCCGUUCUCACCUUUGACGGUGAGGGUCGGGCAGUGGACUUUGAGGUCUGGGUAGAUGAUCUGCUGCUUUUCCUGCAGUGUGAUAGGGCAGACGGUCUCUCCCUGUUUGACCUCACUUCUGGUGCCUCCCCUGCCCCUGCUGCUGAUGCUGACGCCAUUGUUCGCUCACAGUGGACCACACGUGACGCUGCUGCUCGCCUUGCUGUGCGCCGCCACUUACCGACCACUGAGCGUGCACACUUUAGCCAGUACAAGAGUGCUCAGACCUUGUACGACGCUGUAGUUGCACGCUACUCUUCCCCUGCCAUUGCUGCACUGAGCCGCCUCAUGCUACCGUACCUCUUCCCUGACCUUGCUGCCUUUCCCACUGUCGCUGACCUCAUUACGCACCUCUGCACUAGUGACACUCGCUACCGCUCUGCGCUUCCUGCUGAGUUCUGCGCCAAGACCCCCCCCCCCAUGUACAUCACCCUCUACUAUAUAGUCACCCGUCUCCCUGACUCUCUCCGUGUAGUCAGGGACCACUUCCUCUCUGUUUGCCCCACCACUCUCACCGUUGACCUCCUCGAGAAGGCCCUCCUAGCGAUAGAGAAGAGCAUAGUCGCUGUAGGAGCCUCUCGUGGUGACCCUCGUACCCCCGUCUUUGAGGGGUGUUCUCCCUCCCCCCUCUUGCCCUUUGUUGCCUUUGCUGCUGUGGCCGACCUCGUUGGUUUCGAGUCAGUCGGCACUGCGUCUGCCCCGAGCGGGAGACGACGCACCGACAAGGGCAAGGGGGGCAAGGGCACUAGAGGAGGUGGAGGGGGCGGUGGAGGUGGUGGUGGAGGCGGUGGAGGGAGUGGGGGUGGUGGUGGGAGUGGUGCUGGGGGUGGCGGCGGCAGCGGCAGCAGUGGAGGCGGCGGAGGCGGUGGAGGUGGCGGAGGGAGCGGAGGCGGCGGAGGCAGUGGAGGAGGCGGAGGUGGAGGAGGCGGCGGAGGCAGCGGUGGUGGAGCGAGUCGCGACUCUGCGUCAAGGAGUGGCGCCGGUGGUGGUCAGCGCCAGCAGCAGCAGCGGAGUGGUGUGACCCUCUCCCCUCAGCAGCUUCGUGAGUGGUACACUGCACGCCAGCGCGGUGGGGGUUUUGGUCCCUGCUCUUACGUUCUCCGUACCGGCGACCGCACUGGUGAGCAGUGCGGGGGACCGCACUCCACCCAGUGCUGCUUUGGUCGCCUGACGGACGCGUGGCGUCGCCAGUUCCCUGAGGCGUCAGAGAUCCCUUGCUGGGGAGAUCUGGCUAACGCCGGGGUUGCAAUCUUUGAUCUUGACUUUGAUGCUAUUCUUGCUGCCAUGUAUGCUGUUGCUGAUAGUGUUGAGGGUGCCUGUUACCUGUGUGUACCGCCUGACCCGGGCAUUGAGGCUGCUGCGCUAGGUGCUGGUGAGACUGCUGCUCUAGGUGCUAGUGCGUCUGCUGCCCCAGAUGCUAGUGCGUCUGCCGCCCCAGGUGCUGGUGAGUCUGCUCUCUCAGGUACUACGCCGGCUCAGGCCUUCCACACCUUCACCCUGGACUCGGGGGCGUCCCGCUCUUUCUUUCGAGACCGCACCACUCUUACGCCGCUCAGUCGGCCGGUUGCAGUCUCUCCCUCCCCUUCCUCCGGGGCCUGGCCCUACCUGCGUCCCCUGCGUUGA